CAAUUGUUCCUGUACUAGUAUUCAUUCUCUCAAAUCUUUACUUCACUUUACUCUAUCAUUAACUUUAACCUCCCACUCUUUUCUAUUUCCAAAUCUCAAUUCUAAUCACAUUCAUUCAACUCAUUUCCCUUUCCUCUCAUUAAAUCAACGUCAGAUUCACCGGAAAAGUAGUUACGGCGGAGGAGGAGGACGACGACGGGACGGAGGAAGGAAAUGAAAGGCGGAGGCGGAGGCGGAGGAGUGUACCAAGGGAAAAGACGAUGGAGAUUUUUAGCCAUAGGAGUACUGUUUCUCGUCGUCCUUUCUAUGCUCGUUCCUCUCGUUUUCUUGCUCGGCCUUUAUAAAGGUUAUGCCUCUGAUCAUCCAACUCCAGGUUCUGACUCUGGUCCGAAGGUAGAUAAAAUAGAGGAAAUAAUGGAACAUUUUACGCCGAAUCAUCCAGAUGAAAAGAAUGAAAAGGAUGCUGUAAACCAUACAAAUGAAGCAAGGAAUGUUACUAGCAGUACAGCCUCAAAUCAUGACCGCCAACCACCCCAAAAAGAUACUCAUGUUCCACCGCGUCCUCUACCUAAGCCACCUCUUGAUCAAAAUCAGAUCGAGAAUCCUCAAAUGACAGAACAGACUAAAUUCAACAAAAGUUUAGCUGACGAAAAUAAAAAGUCAUGUGAGCUGAGAUUUGGGAGCUAUUGCUUAUGGCUUGAAGAACACAGAGAAGAUAUGAAAGAUUCUAUGGUGAAAAAAUUAAAAGACAGGCUUUUUGUAGCUAGAUCGUAUUAUCCUAGUAUUGCCAAGCUUCCUGGACAAGGCAAGUUAACUCAAGAGAUGAAACAAUGCAUUCAGGAGCUGGAGCAUGUUUUUAGUGAAAGUACAACAGAUGCUGAUCUUAAACCACAAAUCCAGAAAACUUUAGAGAAGAUUGAAGCUGUUAUAGCUAAAGCUAAAAGGUUCCCAGUGGAAUGUAUCAAUGUUGCUAGGAAAUUGGGACAAAUACUUGAAUGGACCGAGGAUGAAGCUAACUUUCACUUGAAACAGAGUGCAUAUCUCUAUCAGCUUGCAGUCCAGACCAUGCCAAAGAGUCUUCACUGUCUAUCUAUGAAACUGACUGUGGAAUAUUUUAAUUCCUCUUUAAGUGACACGGAGCCCUCUAUUUCUGAGAAAUUUACGGACCCUUCAUUGAAUCAUUAUGUUAUUUUCUCCAACAAUAUACUGGCAUCUGCGGUUGUAAUUAACUCGACUAUUACACAUACACGAGAUACUGGAAAUUCAGUUUUUCACGUGCUGACAGAUCAACAAAAUUAUUUUGCAACGAAGUUGUGGUUCUUUCGAAAUGUGUACAGGGAAGCUGCUAUUCAAGUGUUGAACAUAGAACAACUUGGCCUAGACUACCAUGACAAAGCAGCUUUGUUGAGCAUGUCCUUACCUGUUGAGUUCCGCGUUUCUUUUUCGAGUGUUGAUAAUCCAUCUGCAACGGAAUUAAAAACAGAAUACAUGUCGGUUUUCUCUAAUGCUCACUAUCUGCUUCCUUACAUAUUCCCAAACUUGAAGAAAGUUGUGGUUCUGGAUGACGAUGUUGUUGUUCAGCAAGACUUGUCGGCUUUGUGGAAUCUUAACAUGGGAGGAAAAGUAAAUGGCGCCUUACAGUUAUGCUCUGUGCGAUUGGGUCAACUUGCCAGUUACUUGAUUGAUGGUUAUAGCUUCGAUAAGAAUUCUUGUCUUUGGAUGUCUGGAGUAAAUUUAAUUGAUCUUGCCAGAUGGAGAGAACUGGGUCUAACCGAAACUUACCAGAAAUUGGGCCAACAGGUCACCAGGGUGUCAGCAUCACCCGAAGCUGCUGCAUUAAGUGCAAACUUGCUCACAUUUCACGACCAAAUAUACACUCUUGAUAAUGUAUGGACUUUAUCUGGACUAGGUCACGAUAGUGAGCUCAAUGUGGAAGUCAUUAAAAAGGCGGCAGUACUACACUAUAAUGGAAGAAUGAAACCUUGGCUGGAGGUAGGAAUCCAAAAGUAUAAAUCCUAUUGGAAAAGUUUUUUAAACCAAGACGAUCAAUUCCUGAGCCAAUGCAAUGUGGUUCAAUGACAAGCUGAUGGUAGUAGUAGUAGUAUACGAUGUUUUCUGGAAAUCUAGGCUCGAGAAGCAUGAACAUUGAGAUUUUUCCGAUGAGCUGGAUUAGCAAAGGGUAGUCUACAACAGAGUAACCCUUGUGAUUCUUUUGGUAAAUAAAAGAAUACUUUUUGUACUGUCUAUUAGCAAAGCAGAAGGGAAGCAAAAUGUUUUUGAAAGUUGCCAGGGCCUGAAGAGGAUUAUUUGGUGCAUGAAAUGCGAGUUUUUGGUCAAGCAAUGAGAGGAAACAACUUCAUUAUCAGUAGCAAGUGAAUGCUUUGAGAGUUGCAAUAAUUUAUGUACAAAAAGAAGGUACGUACGUUUGUUUCAGCAAUUUAAGUGUUUCUAUAGUGCAUUCGUGAUGUAAAUGAUGGAUGACAAGGCAAAGUAGUCUUUUGAUUGUCAUAGUGAGUUCAUUCUUUUCUUUUUUUUAUUAGGUUCUUUAUUAUUUGAUUUAGAACAAUGAUUUUUUUUUUCAUUAAUGAAAAAAUUGUUACUCGUUACAUUUUGUAACGAUCUUAA